CGAGCUUUGGUAGUUGAUGAUAAUGAAAUCAUACGAAAUAUUGUAAAGAACAUUCUUAAAUCAUGUAGUUGUGAGGAAGCUGAAAAUGGAUUGGAGGCUUUAAAAAUGUGUGAGACCUUUCAAUUCGAUUUUAUCAUCCUUGAUGUCAUCAUGCCAGUCAUGAAUGGUUUAGAAACAACACGAAUACUUAGAAGAGAAAAAAAGAUAACAACACCAAUAAUA